UGGUUUAGGGUUAGGGUUUCCCAAUCUUUCAAAUUUCUCUUUCAAAUUCAAAUUUCCGACUCCUGAAAAUGGAAGAGUCUUCUUCCUCCUCCUCCUCCUCAUCUCCAUCUCCGUCUUCUUCGACUGACGCCGUUAGGGACGCCACUUCUUCCAGCGCCGUGGCUUCGUCUUCGAGCACCUCGCACGUCCGCGACGAGGAGGACGAUCACAACCAGUACCACCACCACCACAAUUUCCGGCAGCCGGAGCCGGGAGUCAACGAAAUCGGACCUUCUUACAGAGUCGGCGGCUUAUCGGGGUUCGAUGAGACGGCGUCUGUGAUUCGAGAUGACACGUGGUCCUGCAUCAUCGUCCUCCUCACCUUCUGGUUCUUCGUAUCGAUGACUUUGAUUUUGGGAGUCUACGGGUCCGAGACCAUGGAGCUUGGCCCUGAUACUUCGAUUCUUCUGCAACCUAACCCCAUAUUUGUGCAGUCUAUGAAGGUGGAAGAGCUGAAUAUAACUAGGCCUGGGCCUGUGCUAUAUGGUUUUUAUGACAUUCCACCCCUUAGUACUGUUGCGAAUUGGUCAGAAACACACAAUGCUACAGUUCCAGCUGAUUUUCAUAAGGAGUGGAUAUAUUACCUAAAUAAGGGGUCUCAAAUAACUAUAUCGUACAGCGUUUCCUCGCCCAGCACGUCUAUUUUUCUUAUAAUUGCUCAAGGUAAAGAAGGCCUUGCCCAGUGGCUUGAAGAACCAACAUAUCCUAAUACUACAUUGUCAUGGAACCUCGUUCAUGGAAGUGGCAAGAUUCAGCAGGACAUAUCAACAUCUUAUAGUUACUAUAUUUCUGUGGGUAACAUGAACUACGAGGAUGUGGAGGUUCAAUUAAACUUCACGGUGAAUGCUCUAUUGUAUGAUACUAGUGAAGCCUAUUACAAGUGUACAUUCACAGAUACGUCCUGCAGUUUGAAAGUUUUGUUUCCCAGUGGAAAUGUUGGUGUGCUUACCUCUCCUGGUCCAGAGCAGAAUAUAGACAACCAGUAUGUCAAACUCUCAUAUGGACCAAGAUGGGCCACAUAUAUCAUUGGUAUAGGGGCGAUGACUGUACUGAUGCUAUUGGCCUUCAACUUCUUGAAUAAGUUCCGCUGUAACAACGAAGAUGGAAUAAGAGUACAGCAUCCGGAGUUCAGACCAGAAAGAGCCCCGUUGCUUUCAUACAAAGAUGAUGAUCAAUCAAGUUGGGGUUCAUCUUAUGAUUCUGCCUCGAACGAUGAGGGGGAUCUUGAAGACCUUAUGACAGCAGGUUCUCUUGAUGGUGAAAGUAACAAUACUCGUCGUCUUUGUGCAAUUUGCUUUGAUGCUCCUAGGGACUGCUUUUUCCUCCCAUGUGGGCACUGUGCCGCUUGUUUUGAUUGUGCGACAAGGAUAGCGGAAGCAGCUGCUACUUGUCCCAUUUGUCGGAGGAACAUAAAGAAGGUGAGGAAGAUAUUUACAGUAUAAACUAUAAAGUAGUAACACCUUGUUGUAAGCCUGGUACGUGCCAUUGCUUUUACUCCCUUUCAUAGAAGUCAAGCUAAUUGUAUCCGGUAAUCUGGGUAGUUUCUGAGUGUGGAUUGCCAUGCCUUGUGGUUUUUCAGCGGCUUUCCCUUCAUGUAAUAUUAUGUCCUGGUAUAUAAAUUCUAAAUACGCCCAAAUAGGAUAAGUUAUUCAAAGAGGCCGUCUAUUCUUUUCUCACACAAUAGGUUGGGCGCUGAGUUAUUCGAUUUUCUAUUCCAGUUCCCAGUAACAACGGUCUUGAUGUUGAAUGUAUAUAUAUAUAUAUUUUUUUGCUUAUCCACUGUUUAAGAGUGCAGAGAUGAAUUCAUGUAUUUUGAUUGUGUGACUUGUACCCAGUCCCAUGAAUAAACCUCAUCAAUCUUGCUCUUCCUUGUUUAGUCUGGAAACACUGAAGCUUUUAUGAAAUUCGCUAAUUUGAGCACCUUAGGGCCAUGUAACAUGCAUGGGCAUGGCCAUCUGACCUGCAGACUUUUCCUUGUUCUUUACUAAUAUAUGCAUGUAUGUGAAAGUAAAUUUAGGAGGGUGAAAUUUACGCAUUCAUUUUUUAGUACCGUAGUUAAAUAUGUCUUAUACCUAUCACUAGGCUUCUAUACAGCAGAACACAAGUGUGGCCUUUUCAGGAAGAUGAAGUAGAUAUUACC